AUGGAUCUUCUUCAAACAGUGCCGGUGGGGACCGCAAUCGCUGUCGGAGGUCCGGCGGUCGCUCUGGGUGGACUUUCUUUGUGGUUAGUUAAAGGGUUUCUCAAUGAUCAUCAUCGGAAAACACGUCCCGGCGGUGGCCUCCCACCUGUUCCCGUUGUUCCUGGUCUGCCGUUGAUUGGGAAUCUGCUUCAGCUAAAGGAGAAGAAGCCACACAUGACUUUCGCAAUGUGGGCUGAAACUUAUGGUCCAAUCUAUUCCAUUAAAACUGGUUCUAGUUCACUUGUCGUCCUCAACUCCGGUGAAGUUGCCAAGGAGGCUUUGGUGACGAGGUAUUCAUCGAUAUCAACUAGAAAGCUAAGCAGAGCUUUAGAUAUCCUUACUUCUGAUAAAUGCAUGGUGGCAAUGAGUGAUUACAAUGAAUUCCACAAGACGACCAAGAAGCAUUUACUCACCAAUGUUUUAGGCCCCAAUGCUCAGAAACAACAUCGGGUUCUCAGAGACACGAUGGUGAAGAACAUUGUAAGCCUUUUCCAUGCUCAUUUGGAAAGCAAGCCUCUAGAAGCUGUGGAGUUUCGAGAAAUCUUUGAGUCCGAGCUUUUCAGAUUGUCAAUGAUUGAGACAUUGGGGAAUGACGUGGAAUCAAUCUACGUCGAGGAACUUGGGAAAACUAUAUCGAGAAAUGAGAUAUUCGAUGUUUUGGUGGACGAUCCAAUGGCUGGUGCAAUAGAUGUAGACUGGCGUGAUUUUUUCCCGUAUCUGAAAUGGGUUCCCAAUCCCGGUUUCGAAAAGAGAAUCCAAAGAAUGGAUUUCAGGAGGCAAGCUGUAAUGAGAGCCCUCAUUAGACAGCAAACUGAACUGAUUAAUGCAGGGGAGGAAACAAACAGUUACCUCGCUUAUCUACUGCGUGAAGGAAAGAAUCUGUCGGAGAAACAGAUCAUUAUGUUGCUUUGGGAGGUGAUCAUUGAGGCAUCAGAUACUACUCUGGUUGCCACAGAAUGGGCUAUGUAUGAACUAUCCAAGGACAAGAACAAGCAGGAUCAAUUGUACAAUGAAAUUGAAAGUGUUUGUGGGUCGGAAAAUAUAACAGAGGAAUCGUUGUGUAAGCUACCAUACUUGAAUUCUGUUUUCCAUGAAACUUUAAGAAGGCACAAUCCUGUCCCGAUUAUUCCACUACGACAUGCCGACGAAGACACACAACUCGGAGGAUACUUUGUGCCUGCUGGAAGCGAGAUUGCGAUAAACCUUUACGCGUGCAACAUGGAUGAGAAACAAUGGGAGAAGCCUGAAGAGUGGAAUCCGGAGAGGUUUCUUGAAGGGAAGAAUCAGGGGGAGUUAAAGAUGGAUUUGCACAAAACAAUGGCGUUUGGAGGCGGGAAAAGGGUAUGUGCAGGCGCGCUUCAAGCAUCCCUGAUAUCUUGUGUGUCUAUUGCUAGGCUUAUACAGGAGUUUAAGUGGAGCCUAACCGAAGGUGAAGCAGCAGAUGUCGACAUCCUAGGCCUCACCAGUCGCAAACUUAAUCCGGUUCGUGUAUUCCUCGAACCUCGUAAGUGAUUACGGCUUAACCCGAUGAGUCGUGUGUCAUGCCUUGUGGUGUGCCAAAUCUUUCAUAAUAAAU